AUGGCCACAUACGAGUUUGUGUUGAUGAUAGCUCCAGUGCUUCUUGUGUGGUACUUUGCAAUUAGAAGAGGCAAGAAACCCUCGGAGCCGACGACGUGGCCUGUGCUGGGGAUGUUGCCGGCGGUUCUCCUUAAUCUCCACCGGGUACACGACUACGCGACGGAGGUCUUAACCGAAUGCGGCGGCACGUAUAGGGUGGUGGGGCCGCGGAUGGACAUGCUCUUCACCUCCGCCCCUGCGUGCGACCCCGCCAACAUCCAUCAUGUUUUCAGCAGAAACUUCUCCAACUAUUCCAAGGGCCCCGAAUUCCACAAGAUCUUCGACAUCUUCAGCGACGACAUCUUCCGCGCCUAUUUCGAGCUAUGGGAGAUUCACCGGAAGACGACGCUCGCGCAGCUCAUGCAUGGGGAUUUCAACGCCAACCUGCAGAGGAACGUUUGGCACAAGGUGGACACCGGCCUCUUCCCUGUUCUCGACCAUUUUAGCGGCGCCAGAACCGAUCUGGAUUUGCAGGAUAUUUUCCAGAGGUUGGCUUUUGAUAAUAUCUGCAAAUUCGUGCUGGACUACGACCCAUGCAGUUUGCGCCCCGAUUUGCCUUUUCUUCCUUGCGAGAAGGCUUUCAGCGCGGUAAUGGAGGCUCUGCUGCACCGGCAUGUAUUCCCCGAGUGGAUGUGGAAGCUGCAGAAGUGGCUCAACGUUAGCGACGAGAGGAACUUAGCUAAGGCGGCAGUAGCCUUCGAUGAUUUCAUCUACCCGAGAAUCAUUUCCGGUGUGAAUGUUUUGAAAGCGUUCGAGAAGGUGUACAGAGAGAGAAACAUGGCUUCCUCAAAUGGAAGUCUGAGAGAUUUCCUCAAGGACACGUCGCUGAACUUGAUGUUCGCCGGUAGAGACUUGACCAGCACGUGCCUCACGUGGCUCUUCUGGCUCGUCUCUCAGAACCCGGCAUCGGAAACCAAGAUUCUAGAAGAAAUGGAAGCGGAGCUCCGUCUCAAGGAAGACAAAAAAUUCAGAUUCUUCAGUGCACAAGAGUCGCACAAGCUAGUUGAAAUGUACCUGCAUGGAGCUCUGUGUGAGUCGCUGAGGCUAUUCCCGCCGGUGGCGCUGGAGCACAAGGCCCCAGUCCGCCCAGAUAUUCUUUCGAGCGGCCAUCACCUCCACGGUGACAAAAAGCUCAUAAUAUCAUUCUAUUCUGUGGGGCGAAUGGAGAGCGUGUGGGGGAAGGACUACUUGGAGUUUAAGCCGGAGAGGUGGAUUUCUCCGAGCGGGAAGAUCAAAUACGAGCCGUCGUAUAAGUUUCCGGCAUUCAGCGCGGGGCGGCCGAGGACAUGCUUGGGGAAGGAGAUGGCGUUCGUGCAGAUGAAGACGGUGGCAGCGGCGAUACUGUAUAGGUACAUGGUGAGACUGGUGGAGGGCCACCGGGUAUCUCCUCGGGUCUUGAUCACACUGCAAGCUAGGGAUGGAUUGAAGGUGUUGUUGUCUAAGAGAAAUUGGAUAUGA